CCACCCCUUGCGCUUCUGAAUCCAGAGCCACCUCCUUACACGCUUGCUCGCGCCAUGGUGGCGAUAGUUGGAGAGAGAUUUUGCAGCGAGGAGGAACGGGAGUUGACGGUCCGGAAGACAUCCCUCUUCUUUCCUGGAGACGGAUUCGCCGUCUACGACCACAUAACCGGAGAUUUGGUCUUCCGGGUGGACACCUAUGCCCGAGGCGGACCCGCUUUCGCCGACCAGCCGCUUCUGCUCAUGGAUCCAUCUGGUGAUCCCAUCCUUACUCUCCGCCGCAAGUGGCCGAGCUUGCAUCACCGGUGGGAGGCAUUCCUGGGGGAGAGGAGCGAGGGGCAGAAGCCGCUGUUCGCGGUGCGGAGGUCCUCCAUUUUCGGCAGCGACCGAAGUGGCUUUGCGGUGGAGGUGCACUCCUGCGGCGGUUCGGAGGAGGGGGAGGACGAGGAAGAGGAGGAGUACCGCAUCGAAGGGUCCUUCCCGAAGCGGUGCUGCCGCGUGUUCUACGAGAGUGGUGGAGGGGGGAAAGGAGCGGUGGUGAUGGUGGCGGAGAUUAAGCGUAAGGUAGACGCAUGCUCCCACGUUGUGCUGGGGAGGGAUGUGUUCUCUCUGUGCCUUGGACCUCGCUGCGACGCAGCGUUUGCUAUGGGUCUCAUCAUAGUACUCGACCGGAUAAGCGGCGACGAUGACGACGUAAUCGACGAUGCAAUGGCCAGCCCGUCGCCAUGAUAAAGCAGCCAAAGCCAGCCGAGCAUUAACGAGCUAUAAUUAUUAGAGUGGGCGUAAUAAAUUCCUGAUUGAUUUCUCCGAAACUCCGUUGUUAGUGCUAUUUUGAUUUCUGUCGCAAACAUAUGUGAAACAAACUUAGACUUUUUUCUCUUUCUCCUCUAUACUAGUCGGUUAAUAUUA